CCACAUCCCAAUCACAAACCUGAAAGCUUCUUAAUCUACAAUUAAUUAAGUACUGCUUUCAGGUUCAAACUUUGAGGCAAUCAAUAGACUGAUUAAUCGAGGAAAUUAAGGCAAUAUGGCGAAGACACAAAGUCUGUUGAUUGCCUUUAUCUGGGUUCUGGCCGUGGCCUCCAUUAUCAUGUCUGUCGCUGCCAUUCGCCCCAGUAGUACUACUGCAGCCAUUUCCAGUAGCAGCUCACAGACGCAUAAUGUUCAGCCUCAAUGGCACGGCCAUCAUUGGGGUCACCACCACGGCCACGGUGGUGAACAUGAGCGGAAGUUGUGAAUGAACCCGCCAUAUCGAUGAAGCUAGCGGGAUGUGGUGACUACUAUCUAUCCUCAAAGUGAUGUUGAAGAAGUGUUCUACCAAAUCAAUGUCUGCCAAUGUUACACGAUAAUGAUAAUGUCGUCUUAAAGAGAUUAUUAUGUAUCCACUUUAUUUAAUAGCAUUUUAUAUAUGAUUUCCGGUUCCAAAUUCUUACUAUGAAAUUAUCACAUUAAUAAAAGUUAAAUAUUUGU